AUGACUGCGCUCUUCACAGCAACGGCUGCACUGUUGUAUGCCGACCAGAAUCUGUUGGCGCCCAAUUUGACUGCAAUUGCUGAAGACUUUGGCUUCGAUGAUCAGCAGCGAGACCGGCUGCUGGGAGGUUUUAUAGCGGCCGCCUUCUUUGGAGUUGGGGCUCCAGCGGCGCUCCUGUUUGGCUGGCUGAGCGACAGGGUCAACCGGUGCAGGCUGCUCUUUGCGGCAGUUAUGCUGGUCAGCAGCAUCGUGCAGCUCAGCACAGGUGUCGGCCUGGCGCUGGGCCAGGGCAUCGCCGGCUUUGUAGUGUCCUGCGUGAUGCUGCUCACUUGCCGAGAGCCCCUGCGUGGUGGCACCGAGGCUGCGCUGCAGGAGCACUUUCAGGACCACCCUGAAGACUUUGCAUACAGCGAGCAGAUGACGUGGAGAAAGCUGGGUCGGCUCCUUCUCAUCAAGACCAACGUGCUGGGCCUGUUUGGUUGCCUUCCUUGGGGCAUGAUCCUCGUGUUUCUGAAUGACUUCAUGUCCCAGGACAAGGGCCUGACUGUGCAGCAGGCCACGCUGGUGCUGCUCGUCCUAGGGAUUGGCGGUGGAGUGGGGGUGGUGGGGGGCGGAUGUUUGGGUCAAUGGCUCUACAACCGCCAGAAGUGGAGCAUGCCCGCGUUUAUCGGCACUUGCACUAUUUUGGGGGUUUUACCCAUGUAUGCUCUUCUAUCGGACGUUGCCUCUGCUAUGCCGCUGACCAUCAUCAUGGCGAUGCUGACGGGCGCGCUGAGUGGCACAGUGGGGCCAAACAUGCGGUAG